AUGCCGCACCUUGACGAGCACAACUUCUUGGCGCCCGCUGAGGUGCAUUCGUUCUCAGCAUUGCUCUUUGACAUGGAUGGCACCAUCAUCGACAGCACCAAUGCCAUCGUCAAGCAUUGGCACCAAAUCGGCAAGGAAAUUGGCGUGGAUCCCGAAGUCAUCCUUGCCACCUCUCAUGGAAGGCGCUCAAUCGAUGUGCUGGAGAUCCUGGAGCCUAAACUCGCCAACUGGGAAUAUGUCUGCGCGGCAGAAGGCGCCAUCCCCAAGAAAUGGGGCCACGACGCCGUCGAGAUACCAGGCAGCCGCUCCAUCCUCGAAUCCCUCGAGCAUGCCUCCGCACCCUGGGCUAUCGUGACCUCGGGCACACAACCUCUGGUCACGGGAUGGCUAGAUGUGAUGGGUCUCGCGACGCCUAAGCACCUAGUCAGCGCCGAGCAAGUCGCAAAGGGCAAGCCAGACCCGGCAUGCUACAAGCUGGGCGCGCAGCGAUUGAACAUCACCAGUGACGAUGUUCUGGUACUCGAAGACGCUCCCGCGGGUGUGCGUGCGGGUAUAGCGGCGGGUUACAAGGUAGUCGCAUUGGCAACCACGCAUACAGUGCAGCAGCUGCAAGAAGCCGGCGCGACAUGGAUUGUGCGUGACAUGCGCAGUGUGACGAUGGAGAGCUUUGACAAGAAGACUGCUAAGGUCGAGAUAACAAUCAAGGAUGCUUUGGUCCAGUAG